CCGGCCCGGAAGCACUCGAGUAGAAGACCCCGGGAGACCCGCGCUGGGGCUGCUGAUUCCUGAGAUCUACCCAGCCGCCACCAUGGCCUGGACCAAGUACCAGCUGUUCUUGGCCGGGCUCAUGCUCGUCAGUGGCUCCAUCAACACGCUCUCGGCAAAGUGGGCAGACAACUUCAUAGCUGAGGGCUGUGGAGGGAGCAAGGAGCACAACUUCAAGCACCCCUUCCUCCAGGCAGUGGGCAUGUUUCUGGGAGAGUUUUCCUGUCUAGCUGCCUUCUACCUGCUCCAGUGCCGAGCUUCUGGGCAGUCAGAUUCCAGUGUGGACCCCCAGCAGCCCUUCAACCCUCUUCUUUUCCUGCCCCCAGCCCUGUGUGACAUGACUGGAACCAGCCUCACGUAUAUGGCCCUGAACAUGACCAAUGUCUCUAGCUUCCAGAUGCUGCGGAGUGCAGUGAUCAUAUUCACAGGCCUGUUCUCAGUGGCCUUCCUAGGCCGAAGGCUCGCACCCAGUCAGUGGUUGGGCAUCUUAGCUACCAUUGCAGGCCUGGUGAUUGUGGGCCUGGCUGACCUCCUGAGCAAGCAGGACAGUCAGCACAAGCUCAGUGAUGUGAUCACAGGGGACCUGCUGAUCAUCAUGGCCCAGGUCAUUAUUGCCAUCCAGAUGGUGCUAGAGGAGAAGUUCGUCUACAAACACAACGUUCACCCACUAAGGGCAGUGGGCAUUGAGGGCCUGUUUGGCUUUAUGAUCCUCUCCCUGCUCCUGGUGCCUAUGUACUACAUCCCUGCUGGCCUCUUCAGUGGAAACCCUCGAGGGAUGCUAGAGGAUGCCCUGGAUGCCUUCUGCCAGAUGGGACAGAAACCACUGAUUGCCCUGGCACUGCUGGGCAACAUCAGUAGCAUUGCCUUCUUCAACUUUGCAGGCAUCAGUGUCACCAAGGAACUGAGUGCCACCACCCGUAUGGUGCUGGACAGCUUACGCACCGUGGUCAUCUGGGCCCUGAGCCUGGCCUUAAGCUGGGAGAUCUUCCACCCACUGCAGAUCCUUGGCUUCCUUAUCCUCCUCACAGGCACUGCCCUCUACAAUGGGCUACAUCACCCACUGCUGGCCUGCCUGUCUAGGUGGUGGCACCCCACCCAGGAGGGUGAGAAUGAGAGACUGCUGGGUGGUAGCCAGACUCCCAUCAAUGAAUCCAGCUGAUUCUCCCAUAAGGCCUCUGCUACCACCAAAAUACUCUUUCUUUCUUCUGAGGCCCAUGCAGGAUGGUAGGUCUUGAGUGCCCUGACCCCAAGGUCUCACUCUGCCUCUUCCUACUGCUCUCCCCCAGGGCAGCUACUACCAGAGAUAAUAGGACACCCAGAUCCUCUUUUCUGGGAGGCCUGUAGGACUGAGACCUAGCCUAUACAAGCUUGAGUGUAGCAAGUAGCCCCGCCCCUCCUAGCUCCUACAACACUAGAAGUAAAUCUUGAACAUGAAUGGGAAGAAUUUACAACCCAGAUAAAAUAUUCCUUAAACCUGUCUGGAGUCUUGGAUUUCAGUGCUGCAGACUCAGCAUGUGCUUUUUCAGUCCUUGAGCCCUGGAGCACAGGUGUCCUGUCCAUGACCCCUUGUGCAUUCCUCUGAGACUGCCUGAGAAAAGAGAAGCAGCCCUCUAAGCCUUCUCUCCCCAUGCCUGUUUUGAUGUCCUCCUUCAUAAACAUAAGUUCCCCUACCUAAAAAUGACUGCAAAGUAAUUCCUGGCAGCCCUUGAUAAUCAUUUCAUGAACUUACUAUUUGAGGCAAGGUCUUACUAUGUAGUACAGGCCUUGAACUCCUUGUUAUAUCCCCAGCUAACUUCAAACUCAUAAUUCUCUUACCCUGCCCCACCCUCCCAGGAAUUACAUGAAUGUGCCACCUCCCCUUGCAAAAGUCCAUUUUAAUUUUGUUUUGUUUUGUUUUUUUGAGGUUUCACUCUAGCCUAGCCCAGGCUGACCUGGAAUUCACUAUGUAGUCUCAGGGUGGCCUUGAACUCCUGGUGAUCCUCCUGCCUCUGCCUGCCAAGUGCUGGGAUUAAAGGCACAUCACCACGCCCAGCAAAACUCCAUUUUAAGGUGAAGGGAUUGAGGCCCAGGGAUUGUAUAUUUGGCAAGGUGUGGGGAGGACCUCCAACCACCAGCUCUGGCCAAGGACCUGAAGAGCCCAUAUCCAGGCAGCCUUGACUCUGCUACCAGUAAGGACCUAGAGCAGGUAUAGCUCAUAGCCCCACCCCCAGCAACCUGGCUGGGUAGAGACCUCUACCCCUCACCCCACGCUCCAGGAUAAAAGAUUCUUUCAUGUAGAGUAAUUCCAGUAUAACUAGCUUCAGAGGUAGGUCCAGGUAGCAAGACUGCUCCCAUUCAUUCCCCCAAAGGCUAAGUGACUCCUUACAGAUCCAGGGUUUGUCUGAUUCCACACCUGUGGCCUACUACCAUAUGGGUCUCUGGGUCUUACAGGGCAGAUUUCUAUGGCUGGACCAGACAUAAAGUGUUAUUCUCCCUGUACCCCCCCCCCCCACUCUGAAGAGAGAGAAUAACUGCAGGAACACCAAGAAACUGACAGCCCUUAAUUCCAGUAUGGGUCAUAGCAGUGAUCGAAUGGCAGCUUGAUACCUCACUUUGUGAGGAAAGAAGGCCUUAGUGAGCAAAUGCCCUCAGGUUGUUUUCAAUUCCAGUAGGUUCUCUUAGUUUGUCAGGAGAGGGACCUCUCCAUUUCACCAGCCUUGAGCCUCAGAGGCUCUGAGCUUCUUUGAGCUCUGGAGAUGAAAAUAGUACCCAUUUGUUGAGGGUAGUGGGGACAUUGUAGCAGCUGCCUUGUCCAAAACACAUGCACACACAAACUGAGGCCUUAGAAUGUUGUUCUGGACUUUAUUUUUUAAAAUGAAAUGCAAAAUUGGCAGUGUCAGCCUUUUUCUUCUAAUUGAAAUAAACUUUAUUUAAAAAAUUA